AUGCAAACCUCCGAUGCCGCAAGCAUCCCGAGUCGUCUGAUCCCUUCGAAGUUCUCGCAUCUGAGCGCCGACAACACCGGGUUUUCCCACGGAGCCUACAACUCGAACAAUCUCCCCUUGCAGGGUUUCUCGGACCGCAACGCCCGUCGAGCCAACAUUCCCGCCAUCAACACCUCCCCCGGACAGCACAACACGGACAACAUGGCCUCCUCCGGUGCCGCGUUCGAUAUGAACUUCACUCCUCUCCUCCCCUCCCAGCUCCUCCUCGGCAGUCCCUUCCAACCAGGUACUCCCUCCGCUUUUGCCUCGCCCCAAUUCACCAACUUUGGAGGCUUCCCCCAGACCAAUCCCUCCGCCCACGCGCAGAAUCACCAGAACCAAUUGGGAAGCCCCACGCAGGGCCCGCAGAGUCAUGGACUCUAUCAGGGAAUGAUGCCAACUGACGCAAUGGCCAAUUCCCAGCUGUUGGGUGGUCCUCAAUCCCCGGUGGGAGGCAUGGGCGGUCUGGGAAACGCGGCGUUUGGCAGUCCCGCCGCGUCGGUGACUCCGGGCUUGCUCUCGGGUACCAGCCGAACCGUCUAUCUGGGCAACAUUCCCGCGGAAACCUCGGCGGAGGAGAUUUUGAACCAUGUUCGCAGCGGUCAGAUCGAAUCGGUCCGUUUGCUUCCCGACAAGAACUGCGCCUUCAUCUCGUUCCUGGACAGCAAUUCCGCCACGCAUUUCCAUUCCGAUGCCAUUCUGAAAAAGCUUGCCAUCAAGGGCAAUGACAUCAAGGUGGGUUGGGGAAAGCCGUCGCAGGUCCCCACGUCUGUGGCUCUGGCUGUGCAGCAGUCGGGUGCGUCCCGCAACGUGUACCUUGGCAAUCUUCCCGAGGAGAUGACGGAGGAGGAGCUGCGCGAGGAGCUGGGCAAGUUCGGCCCCAUCGAUACGGUCAAGAUCGUGAAAGAGAAGGCGAUCGGUUUCGUGCACUACCUGUCCAUCAGCAACGCCAUGAAGGCCGUCUCUCAGCUGCCCCAGGAGGCCAAAUGGCAGGCUCCGAGACGCGUCUUCUAUGGCAAGGAUCGAUGCGCGUACGUCUCUAAGACUCAGCAACAGAAUGCCGCCCAGUUCCUGGGGAUUGCGCCGGGAUAUGCGCAUAUCCUCAACUCGGCAGACCGCGACCUGAUCACCAACGCUCUCGCGCAGCAAUCCGUCGCUGCUGCUGCCGUGGCCACCACGGCGGGCGGCGUGAACAACCUAGGCAACCGGACCAUCUAUCUCGGCAACAUCCACCCGGAAACGACCAUCGAGGAGAUCUGUAAUGUGGUUCGUGGCGGUCUUCUGCACCAUAUUCGCUACAUUCCCGAUAAGCACAUCUGCUUCGUCACGUUCAUCGACCCGACGUCGGCUGCCUCAUUCUACGCCCUGAGUAACCUUCAGGGUCUGAUGAUCCACAAUCGUCGGUUGAAAAUCGGCUGGGGAAAGCACUCCGGCCCUCUUCCUCCCGCGAUUGCCCUGGCAGUCAGCGGUGGUGCCUCCCGGAAUGUGUAUGUGGGCAACCUGGACGAGUCCUGGGCGGAGGAGCGCCUUCGCCAGGACUUCUCCGAGUACGGAGAGAUCGAAUUGGUGAACACGCUGCGUGAGAAGAGCUGCGCCUUUGUCAACUUCACUAACAUCGCCAAUGCCAUCAAGGCCAUCGAGGGCAUGCGCAAUCGGGAAGAGUACAAGCGCUUCAAGAUUAACUUCGGCAAGGACCGUUGCGGCAACCCUCCUCGUCAGACUGGGAACGGGCAACAGGGUCGCAAUGGAUCUGGAAUGGAGGGUCCUCAGUCUCCUUCCCCGGCCUUGAACGGUUUCCAGCAAAACCUCAGCCAGUCCGGCUCACAGUCCAGCCCGUCCCGGCCCGCCCUGUCUCCGGCACCCGGCUCAACGGGCUCGCAGAAUGGCCAACAAGGCCGGCACCCUCUGCAAACUGUGUCUUCUCCGUCCGGCGUCCUGAAUGUGGGGGCGAACAAUCCGCUCACUAUGUACUUGAACCAGAUGUCCGCUCAACAGGCUCAGGAACAAGAGAACCGGCUGAACGACCCGAUGGCGUUGGGUUCUUUGCAAUCCCAGUCCCAGAACCCGCCGCCGCCGCAGCCUCUGUACAAUGGAACCAGCACUGCCGAGCUGACAAACGGGAGCAUCGAAGCGCCUCUACAUCAGCAUAAGCCGUCCAGUAACGGCUUUCUGAAUGUCAGCAACGGUCCCACCGGUCCAAGCCACCAUGCGACGGCGAGUACAAGCAGCUUGAACGUGCCCCGGGCUCAGCAUUCCCGCGCGGUCAGUCUGCCCUCAUUCUCGCAGGAACCUUUCGGCCCGGUCUCCAGCCAACCCGGACACACGCGCUCGGGGAUCGCCCACCAACCUCAGAGCAGCUUCUCCAGCUUCACAUCAGCGCUCGGAGGCCUGAACCACACCGGGUUUGGGCUAGCCAUCCAGAACGAGAGCUCGCUGCCCGGCUGGGCCGAGGAAGAAAUUGGAGCGAAAUGA